UGCUCCGAGCCCGCCAGUCACGGUGUCGGGCGCCGGCGACGCCGCUGCCGCUGUCGCUAUGGCCCAUUACAAAGCCGCCGACUCAAAGCGCGAGCAGUUCCGGAGGUACUUGGAGAAGUCGGGGGUGCUGGACACGCUGACCAAGGUGUUGGUAGCCUUAUAUGAAGAACCAGAGAAACCUAAUAGUGCUUUGGAUUUUUUAAAGCAUCACUUAGGAGCUGCUACCCCAGAAAAUCCAGAAAUAGAGGUGCUUCGCCUAGAAUUGGCAGAAAUGAAAGAGAAAUAUGAAGCUAUUGUAGAAGAAAAUAAAAAACUGAAAGCAAAGCUUGCUCAGUAUGAACCACCUCAGGAGGAGAAGCGUGCUGAAUAGGAUUCUUCUCAGUUGAAAAGACACUGAAAAAAUGGUUUUGUAUGACUUGAAUAGUUUGUAUAGUAUAUAAUCUUUUCUGAACAGAUGCUAUAGAACUCUUUUAAUAUGUUUAAUUCACCUAUCACACUUUAACUGUUAUAAACACAUAUACUUAAGAGUCACUAAUAAAAACUUAUUAUAACUUUCUUUGGGUCUUAAAGAAGGAGAAUCCAAAGUAAAUCCUGACAAAAACCUAAACAUAGCCAUCUAAUUCAUUACCUUAGAAGACAUUCUGUUUAUUAGUCUGAUUAGGAAUGAUGGUACUUGGUAUUUUAGCCAAGGAAGUUUAGCAUGUAGCUAUUCCUUGGUUUAGUUCAGGAUAUGAGCACAGGUACAGUAACUCUUUAAAAUGAAGGUGACACUGUUGUUUAUAUUCCCUGUAGGUAGCUGGAGGGAUCUGUAUGACAUAAGAUGCUUUUGCACAGGUUCCCAUGAAUCUUCCACUCUUGUUUAUAUAAGGUGGAACAAAUAUCUCUUCUGUGCCACCACUAUGCCUUAGAUAACUGUGUGUGUGCCAGUUUGAACUCUCACACCACAUUUUCCUUCUAUGCAAUCAUGCUUUAUCUGAUAAUCUUGCCUUGCUUUGCUCUGUGCUUUAGUGGGUCCUAGUCACACACUGGCCUUUCUGUGUUGUUUUUCCAAUUUGCUUAAUAACAGCAGUUACCAUGAUUGUAAUUUAUAUAACUUUAAACAGGAUCACACUGUUCCCCUGCCUUACUUAGUUGCUUAGUUGAGUGCAGAACAGAGGCAAUAUAAAACUCUGGGUUCACGCAUAAGCUGGGAUGAGAAGGGGAAUGAGCCAUCUACGAGUAUUGUGAAAAAUUAUAGUUUGUGGGUAUAAUUAUAUCGUGAUUUUUUCCCUCAAAGUAUUUUUCUAGCCUUGAAUUCAUUUUAUCUUCAUUAUCCCUGUGAAGUUGGUAGGGCAAGUAUGAGGGGAGGUUGGGUGCUGAAUUUUUAGGCCAAAGACUGAUAUUAAUACAAGUUACUAACUGUAGAACCUUGGGCACAUUAGUUAACUGCUCUGAGAUUCACUUUCCUCAUCUGUUAAAUAAGAAGACUAUCUGUGUUGCCUACCUCACAGGGUUGUUGUGAGGGUUAAAUGAGAAUGUAUGUGAAAUACUUGUAAAUGGUAAAU